AUGAGAUGGUACAUGUAGUUGGACAUCUCAAUAUACUGGUGAUUGCUUCUUGCUGCCUCUAUUUUUAUCAUGAUUUGGUGUGUGCACUGCAGGAGUGUUUUUGUUCCUAGAUCAGUUGCUCAACGACAGAAUUGUGUAUCGCACAGUACAUGUAUUACUACUAUGAAGGUUCAGAAAUAAGAACUCAAAGAAGUAUUGACAGCAUAGCUACUGUAUAUUCAAGGAGUCGGGUUUUGCUCCUGCGUCAUCUCGUCUCCUCCAUUCAGCAAAAGCCUCUAGAUAAGUUCACACAUAUGGUUUUGUUCUUUCUAUAAUUCUUGAGUCCAGACUCCUUCAUCUUUUGUUCCUAAGAAAUUAAAUAAACCUGUAGAAGUUUGGGGUAUAAAAUUCUGUAAGUUCGAAAUCGGGAAACUGGUAAGUGCAGACAAAAUUAAAACUGUCAAAGAACAUGAGAGUGUUUGUCAAAGAACUGAGGCUUCCCCACGACAGUACAAACUUUUGAAAUGUUUGAAUUUCGUUACAGCAAAAACUGAAUGGGUGGCAAGAUGAAUAUAAUUAUUAUUAAAAGUUUCUUUUUGAACUUCUCGGGUUAAUAUACAUGAACUUGAUUAUCUUUUUAACCAGUUAAAUAUACAUGGUUGGCAAGAUGACUAUAGUUGUUAUAGCAAAAACAGUACAUUUUUUCAAGAAAAGUUUCUGUUUGAACUUCUCCGAUUAAUAUAGAUGAGCUCAAUUAUCUUUUUAAUAUGCACUCACAUGAGCUCGUUUGGAUUUGUGUGUAUAUUUGUAACACAAUCAGUUGAGAUCUGGAAAGAUCAUAAGUUCAGUCGGCCUUGGCAUGACAAGCGGGUUCAGUUCGAUCUCGCAUAGUGGGCAGGUCCCCGAUGGUGUGUGCGUCAGGUCUACUCGCACGAGUGGACGUCAGAUCGCGCAAGUGGGUAGCUCCCCAAUGCUCGACCCAGGAGGUGCUAGCUCAUGCUGGCUGGAACUAGGAUGCAAAAGGGUUGACGGAUCCAUGCCGCACAAGCACUGCGCCAUGCUCAGUCCAACCCCGUGGCUUCAGGGUGGUCGAGUUCGUCACGACCAUCAGUUCGGAGACCUGCGUCACUGCUCGUGUCACUACCAUGGCCACUUGCAUCACUGCGUGAUCCGUCAACAGCCUCUUGCACAAGGAAAAGCAACAGGAGUAGAGGCGUCUGAGAUGCUCUGUCCUGGCGACUGUGAGAAAGGCAAGUGCUUAUGCGGCUUUUGCUGAAGAAGAAAGGCCUAGCUUAACGGGCGUAGGAGUACCCAAAUCAGGUGUCGAUGUUGUGGAGGCUUUGGAUCUUUCCCUAGUUGCUUGACUCCAAUAAUUAUGUCUUUUGAGAUUGUACCAUUUGGUCGUCCUUUGGUCUUGUAUCGAACUUCUAGUCAUCUUGUUACAUCAGUUCAAAAGCAUAGUAUGCAAAAACACCCUCAGUACAAACCCA